AUGUUGAAAGGUAUCGAUUGCUUGAAAUAAAUACGUGCAUUUCUUUAAAAUUCGUAACGAAACCUCCAAAAGAAGCGUCAAAAACUUUUGUUUAGUCAUUCUGAAAGUAGCAAGGGAAACUUUAUCUCCGCACCCCUCAAAUAGUGGACCAAGGCUAGUUAAGUGCUGAAUCUAUUCUUGAAUGGGUAGUAAAGAAAACGUGAUCUCAGUUACUUGAUCAUAAUAACCAGGGCAACGCUAUUGAGACAUGAGAAGCCCCUUCUGUGGCCUCACCAUCAAGGUGGAACUUUCGUGCUCAGUUCGUAUCCACCCUUGCUUAAGCAAAUCAGUAAAAGUGUCUUUUAAAAUAAUUAGAAAACUAUUGUCUUUCAUCAAACCUCUUACCUCACACACGCUCCAAAGUAGAAAACCACAAAGAUUAGCAAUUCCGAAUUCAAAGUAACGAGGGCCACUUUUUCCAAAAUGUGACCUCAGUGGAAGUGAAAAGUAAUAGCCCCGGCUAAUUGUAUUCCGCUCAGUAUUUUACUUGCUGAAUGCCUACACUUAUUGAUCUCUAUAUCAAUAAAUGUAGUCAUGCCGGUAGAUUAGUAUACACACAGUUUUAUAAUUGUCUUUUUUUCACUAACUACAAUGUUUUAAAUGUAAUUGUACGUGUACGGUGAAAACAUAGCAUUAGGGCCGCAGCAGGUUUGUCUGCCCGCUAGAGUAAUUUAAAGGAUUUCAAGAAUUCACUUCUGACCUUAUGAUUUGAAAUACGAUGCUAAACCACUGAGCUACACACCACUCGCCGUGAGAUAGGACAUAUACUACUAGUUUCGUCACAUUUACUGUGAUUGCUUUAAAAGGUAACAAUUCUUGGGUGGUCAUCUUGCAGUUGACGCUUCUGAAUCAGAGAGGAAGGACUUGUUGUCCGAACUUGAUAUGAUGAAGCACCUCGAGCCGCAUUUUCAUGUCAUCAAACUUUUGGGAUGUGUCACGAUAUCUGGUGAAUAUGGAAAAGUUUACAUUAAUAGCCCGUUUUCGAGCAAAUCUCUUGCUCACUAGAGACAUAUUUCCACACUUCCCAUGCUUUACAGUUUAAAUAGUUUUUCGGAGACUUGAAGCAAAUUUGCACUUGUUCUUCAGUUAUCUGUAACUUUUGCCGCUUCCACUCGACUCCCAGGUAUGUUGUCUAAUGUUCAAUUACUGACCUCCAAUUACUAGUUACAUUACUUGGUUUACGUAAACUUAAAGUUUACUUCAUGUCAUCAUAAAAUGCCUCGUUUAUCCUGAAUGAGUUGAAGAUCUAUCUAUCUUGCAAUAGACCCACUGAUGGUGUUGAUUGAAUAUGUUCCACAUGGAGAUCUGCUAGGAUACCUAAGAAAGAGCAGUGGAUUAAAUGACAAUUACUUUAAAGACCCGGAUAUCGAACCACAUACAAAUCUGACGUCAGAGCAGCUGAUGAGGUUUGCAUGGCAAGUCGCCGAUGGAAUGACGUAUUUGUCAUCGAUACCAGUAAGCUAUAUUUAGUUGGCGAAUUUUCACUUUUGUACAUGUUUCUGAAAUGGGUCAUGAAUUUUCACUCCUAGUUUCAUUUAGUUAACUCUCCUGGACUUUCUAAACUCAUUACAAUACCAAUGAUUUGCUUUGUUUUGUCAUAGAUUAUCCAUUGA